UCUUUUCCAAAAAAAAAAAAACAGAAACCAUAGAAAUCUUUGAUUUUGCAUUGGAAGACAAUAACAUUGGAUUAACAUGAUAAGCAUGAACCUUAAUUAAUGGCUCACACAAAAUAACUCGCUCGCUUUACUCGACCUAAUUUGCCUACUAUAAUACAAUUCCCACAUCCCCAUUUGUCACAUUUCCAUCAGUUAAUGGGGGCUCUUGGCACUUCACCCUCUCAUAAAUCCGCCACUUGAUGCCAAAUCAACCCAAACCCCAUCUUUAAUUUCUCUCUUCUUAAACCUCUAUCAGAAUUGCUAGUGUCUUUGCUCGAAGUUGGUUAAAAGCAUUCACUUUCUGCGAUCGAGGUCCUCAAUACGAUACUCCCAUUCUCCAGCAUCGUUUGUAUCGAGCUGGGUACCACAGCCAUGGCCAAAAUGAGUAGUUCUAGGAGCAGCGGCAGCAGCAAUGGAGGUGGACCGUGUGAAUUUGCAUUGCAGGUGGUGAAAGGAAGAUGGUUCACGGUUUUUGCAUCUUUUCUGAUCAUGGCAGGAGCUGGUGCCACCUAUCUCUUUGGUGUAUAUUCUAAAGACAUCAAGUCCACUCUUGGAUAUGACCAAACUACCCUCAACAUGCUAGGCUUCUUCAAGGACCUUGGUGCGAAUGUUGGUGUUCUCUCAGGGCUAAUUGGUGAGGUAACCCCUACCUGGUUUGUCCUUCUACUAGGAUCAGGCCUGAAUUUUGUUGGAUAUUUCAUGAUUUACCUUGCUGUCACUGAAAAAAUUGCAAAACCUAAAGUUUGGCAGAUGUGCCUUUACAUUUGCGUUGGAGCCAAUUCUCAAAAUUUUGUAAACACGGGAGCUCUUGUCACUUGUGUAAAAAAUUUCCCAGAAAGUAGAGGUGUAAUGCUUGGUCUGUUAAAAGGUUUUACUGGGCUCAGUGGAGCUAUUUUUACCCAACUUUACCUUGCCAUAUACCCUAAUGACUCAAAAUCAUUGAUUCUUUUAAUUGGGUGGCUGCCUGCUGCACUAUCAGUAGUUUUUGUUUACACCAUUAGGCCAAUGCAAGUGGUUAGGCAAAAAAAUGAGAUAAGGGUUUUUUACCAUUUCCUCUACAUCUCAAUCUCCCUUGCAUUGUUCAUCAUGGCUAUGAGUUUGAUUCAAAGGAAGGUUGCUUUCUCCCAAGCUGCCUAUGCUGGAACUGCUACCGUUGUUUGCCUGUUUAUGUUUAUCCCUCUCGGGGUUGCCAUUCGAGAAGAGCUAGUCCUCUGGAACCUCAAGAAAAAAACAGUUGAUCCACCGACUGAGAUCGCUGUUGAAAAGCCGAGCGAAAUCCAAGAAGCUAAGGAUGAUUUGGAUCCGGCGUCAAGUUCCUCAGCCGUGCAAGAUCAAAACAAAAAGAGCACAUCUUGUUGCGGCGACAUAUGCAACAAACCAACAAGAGGUGAAGAUUAUACAAUUUUACAGGCACUUUUAAGUACGGACAUGAUUAUUUUGUUCAUUGCAACAUUUUGUGGACUUGGAUCAAGUUUGACAGCAAUUGACAAUUUAGGGCAGAUUGGUGAGGCAUUAGGAUAUCCAACCAAAACAAUAAGCACAUUUGUUUCUUUAGUGAGCAUUUGGAACUAUUUUGGUAGGGUUUUCUCUGGGUUUGUCUCAGAAACCCUAAUGGGGAAGUGGAAAGUCCCUAGAACACUCAUGAUGACCAUCAUGCUUGUUCUAUCAUCCAUUUCCUACCUCUCCAUCGCCUUCCCGUUCUGGGGUUCGGUCUACGUGGCAUCGGUGGUAAUCGGAGUCUCUUUCGGAGCUCAACUGACAUUGCUUUUCACAAUCAUUUCCGAGCUCUUUGGCCUGAAAUACUACGCUACAUUGUUCAAUUGUGGGCAGCUUGCAAGUCCCCUUGGGUCCUAUAUUCUCAAUGUGAAGGUGACCGGGAUGCUCUAUGAUAGAGAGGCACUGAAGCAGCUAGCAAAGAAAGGGCUGACGAGGGCAUCGGUGAAGGAGCUUACUUGCCUUGGAAGUCAAUGCUAUAGGCUGUCUUUCUCUAUUCUGGCUGGAAUCACAUUCUUUGGUGCUCUUGUUUCACUGAUUCUGGUGGUAAGGACUAGAGAGUUCUACAAAGGUGAUAUUUAUAAGAAGUAUAGAGAGCCUGCAUAGAUAUCUGUUUGGUUUAAUUCUCACCGGGUCAAAAACUUGAAAUCUAACAGCAUCUGGGAGGGCACUCUCUAUAUUAUUAUUUUUAUGAUUAUAUUUUAUUUUCAGUAGAUUUCAGCUAAAUUAGCUAGAUAGAAAGUCUUUUUAUUAUCUAACCCUUUUGGAAGUGGCUGGUCCAAACCAUGCUCCGUAUCUUUAACUAGUCAUGAAUUUCUAUUGUGGCUUAUUUUUGGUUGAAGAAUUGCUUGUGAUUUCGAGGUUAAUGAUCCCAAAUAUUAAUUUCGUCCUGAAUGGAGUGGCUAUAUUAGUGACAGUGUUAUUCUUAAUCUAUGAAGCACGGAUAUAGAGUAGGAGGGGGAUUUGGGAGUAUGAAAACUCAAAGAAUCUCAAUUUAGGAACGUGAUUUAUUCGCAAUGCUUUGCUAAAAACAAAGGAAAUAAAACUUGUUAGAAAAUAUUGAAAAUUGCAUAUGAAGUCACCCUAUCUAAUAUCCACUCUUUCUCUCCACGUUUAGGGAGCUCAAAACCAUUUCUCCAAAGAGGGAUUUUCCUUCAACAUGCUCCAAUGUAUCAUGAUCAAAUAUUCGACAUAAAUAAAUAAAAAUCUUAUGCUAUAAUACGAGAGGGUUAGUACUGUAAAUUGGCUUGAAAUAGUUCAAGCUUGCAUCGAGUUCAGCUUGUGUUUGACUUGUUGAAGCUCCAAGUCAAGUCUAGUUUGGUUCAAUUAGAAAACAAGCCAAGCUUGAACAUUAGUAUGUUCAACUCGUAAAGCUCAUGAGUAGCUUGAAUUUUAUUUAGAGGGAAUUAAUGACUACUAGUAUCUUCCAUUGGGUUUCAUCCAUACAAAAAAUUAUAAAAAUAAAAGAAGUUUAUAUUUUACAUCU